GGGCAGUGACGGCGGCACCGCAGAGAGGCAGGCAGUGUCGCAGACCGCGGGGCUGCCAUGGAGGUGCUGAGUGGUUGAACCGGUAACUUUCUGAAGGGUGAAUGUGAGGCGGUGCUGAUUGGGACGAGAUGGAGCUGUGUAGUGGACCCACCAGGUCUCUUCUCGUGCUUCUCAUCCUGGUGCUGGAGCUUCAGCUGAGCACAAGUGCUUCUUUUGCUUUCAAACCGCGGCGGUGGGGCCUGCGCCGACUGCGGAGACCGCGCCGUCAGCGGCCCGUGGCCUUUGGCGAGGCAGACGCGUCGCGAGGCGCCGGCCCCUGGGGCAGUUGGGAGCCCGAUGGGCCCUGCUCGCGCUCCUGUGGCGGCGGGGUCAGCCGGCAGGUCAGAACGUGUCAGCGGUUCAGGCCGGACGGAUCAUCCGAGUGCUCCGGACCCGAUGUCAAGUACCAGUCCUGUAACGUUCAGGCGUGCCCAGCUGGAACGAAGGACUUCAGGGCAGAACAGUGUUCAGAAUUCGACGAUGUGCUCUUCGAAGGAAAAUACUAUAAGUGGGUGCCGUACACCAAGGCUGCGAAUCCGUGCGAGCUCAACUGUCAGCCGCAAGGGGAACGGUUCUAUUUCCGGCACCGAGCCAAGGUGGCGGACGGCACCAGAUGUGGCGAGAAUCAGCGCGACAUCUGCGUCAACGGAGUCUGCAGGCCGGCCGGGUGUGACCGCGUUCUGGGCUCUCUUCUGAGAGAGGACACAUGCCGAGUGUGUGGUGGCGAUGGCAGCACCUGCAACACCGUGGAGGGAACGCACGACUCCAACCAGCUAAAACAAGGAUAUAAUGACAUCCUACUCAUCCCUGCCGGGGCAACGAAUAUUCUCAUCGAGGAGGUCCGAACGUCGAACAACUACCUAGCGAUGCGGAACAUCUCCGGCCACUACUAUCUGAACGGCGACUGGCGUGUGUCGCCUCCGUCUAGCCAGCAGUUCGCCGGCACCACCUUCCACUACGGCAGGAACAAGAUCGGCUUCUUUGGGCCGGAGCAGCUGAGGGCCCUGGGACCAACCACCGAGCCGCUGUAUCUGGUGCUGCUGUACCAGGACACCAAUCCCGGGAUCCAGUACCGGUACGGUAUGCCCAAGACGGUAUCUGAGCCGAGCAGGGAGGACUACCGAUGGCAGCCCGGCGACUGGUCCGACUGUUCGGCAGAAUGCGGCACCGGCGAUCGCCAGAGGAAACUGACCUGUGUCGGCGAGGAUGGCCAGGAGGUCUCUGACGACCUCUGCGAUCCAAAGGAGAAACCUGAACAGUCAGAGGCCUGCAACGAGCAGCCAUGUCCGGCAAGCUGGCGGGUUGGUAACUGGAGCAAGUGCUGGGCCGACUGCGGUCAGGAGGGCGUCCAGACUCGGCCGGUGACCUGUCAGCAGAGGAUCACCGCUCAGGUGAACGCCUCUGUGGCCGAUGAGCUGUGUGAGGAGACCGGUGCGGAGAGGCCGGAGGAAGUGCGCCCCUGCGCCGCCGGACCCUGCGCGGCCUACCACGUCGGCGAUUGGUCACCGUGCGACGUUCUGUGCGGGGACGGUCAGCGGACUCGGCAGGUGGUGUGUCACCGUCAGACCAGUCUCACCACUGAGCUCCUGGCCGACAGCGAGUGUGAGGAGCCGCCACCCAAUGCCACCAAACCCUGCAGCCGACGCCCCUGCGAGGGAGUCGACUGGGUCACCACGGAGUGGAGCGGGUGCUCGGGAGUGUGCGGCCUGACUGUUCAGACUCGCGGUGUCCACUGCGCCAACGACGAGGGACACCGGUUUGACGACACGUUCUGCCAGUCGUCCCGACGUCCGGCGUCCAACCAGAGCUGCAGCGGGGCGCCCAGCUGCGCGUUCCGCUGGUACGCCACCGAGUGGACGGAGUGCUCGGUCGACUGCGGGCCCGGGCUGCAGAGCCGCGAUGUCUUCUGCGGCGCCCUGGACGAGCAGAAACGCGUCACUACUGUCGAUGACUCUAACUGUGACCCAGCCAAGCGGUACGAGGCGACUCGCGCCUGCGAGGAAGCCACUCCGCCGCCGUGCCCGGCCACCUGGCACUCGUCACCAUGGGGACCGUGCUCGGCCUCGUGUGAGAAGGGCUCUCAGACGAGAAAGGUGUUCUGUUCGGACGGCACCGGUCGGGUGCCGCUGGACCGGUGUGACGGAAAGACAAUCCCGUAUACUCUGCGGGACUGCAACGACAUCUCCUGUGCCGACGCAGAGCUUCUCAAGCAACUGGAGGUGGCCACGCAAUCAUACAUUCCUGGCUCUGCUGAAGACGACUGCUUGGUGGACUAUGAUUAUGAGGAACCGGUGUGGGAAGGCAGUGGCAGCGGAGAAGGAGAACCCACAGAAUACCGGCCACCUCAGGCAUCCUUCGACGACCUGCUAGCACUCGCUUUCGACUCCAUCACUGACGAGGAGGUCGGAGACGCCAGCGGCGCUGAGACGGAGACAGAGGAGACCUCAGGAGAUGACCAGCUUCCUGCAGAGGGGUCUACAGAAGGCGGAGACGAUGAUAACUCUGGAGAUGUCUCCGGCGAAGGAGAGAUGUUGUCAGAGACGGAGGAACCCACCACAGAGCCGCCUGAUCCAAACCGAGGAGACCAGGCGCCGACGCGGAGACGGAGAAGGCGGAGACAAGUGGGUAUUGGAGACGAUCUCACAGGAAUGUCAGACCCCACCGACCUUCUGGACGCACUUGAUAGUCUGGGAACAGGUGAUUAUGGAGAGUAUGACCUUCCUGACGAUUACUUCAGCAGUCUGGGAGAUGGAGGUUUGGCAGGGUCUAGCUUGGAAGACAACGGUGCAAUAGUAAGCAGUUCCGAAGACCCUGCAUUAGUAGAUGAGAAAUCCACGAGUAAGCCAGAAGGAAGUUCUACAGUUGGAGACGUUGAUGUGAGCAACACAACCUCAAAAGCUGCCAAGACUGAAAAUUCAGCCGACGGAGUCAGUUCCACAGACGAUUCGCGUUUAGAAAACACAAUAACGGAAAGUUCGAACUUUGGAAACGAGACAGACAGUAACGCUCCGUCAGAAGAUGCUGGGCCGGGAACUUCAACUUUGAGUGAUGACGGACUCGGAAUCGGAACAUCUGAAAAUGAUACAUUGGAGGAUGCUAGUUCGUACGAUGCUGAUUCAGGGGUUAGCUCGGAAAAUGCCACCACUGAAGCACAAGACUCGGCACUGGGAGAGACGGGUCUGAAUGUCACCGUUCCCGAUGAACUAUCUCCGACAAACACAACAGCACCGUCGGACACGGGGACCCGACCUCCAGUCGGGACUGUGGACCCCACUCAGCCAGACUGGCUGGACGCCCUGAAUGGUGGACUGGGCGCCGGGCGCCUGUAUGACGAUUAUCCGGGAGGUGCAGACUUUGAGGACCUGUUUCCGGAGACUGGGCUCUCGGACGGCUCGGGGGCCGGACCGGCGGCGGUCGGUCGCAGGAAGUGUCGUCAGCGCCCGGCGCGGCUGCUCUGCGGCCCCAGCACAUUUGGCUGCUGUCCCGACGGGCUGACCGCCGCGGCCGGGCCGUUCCUCCAGGACUGUCCGCAGGUGGAGUCGUGCCAGCGGACGCGUUUCGGCUGCUGUCCAGACCGAUUCACCCCGGCCGGUACCGAGGACCUCUCUGACUGCGAGCCGGCGCCGCGCUGCGGCCUCUCGCUGUUCGGCUGCUGUCCCGAUAACUUCACCUCCAGGGAGGACGGCGAGGGCACCAACUGCCCACCGGCCGGGCCGAACUGCCUCGUCUCCAGGUUCGGCUGUUGUUCUGACGGUGAGACUGAAGCCCAGGGACCGCUGGAAGAGGGCUGUCCGCGACUGCGACCCACUCCGCCGCCCUCACUGGACGCCGGCCAGGAGAAUGUCACCGCCGUCAACUGCACUGAGACCGAACACGGCUGCUGCUCAGACGGUGUGUCGGUCGCCGAGGGUCCAGAUGAGCUCGGGUGUCCACCCGCCUGCGCCGCCUCUACCUUCGGCUGCUGUGAGGGCACUGACCUGCCGGCGCACGGGCCCGACCAGCAGGGCUGCUGCAUCAACGCCCAGUUUGGCUGCUGUCCGGACAAUGUCAGCCCGGCCAUUGGACCCAACCUGGACGGCUGCGGCUGCGAGUACUCUGUCUACGGCUGCUGUCCCGAUGACGUCACGCUGGCCCGCGGGGCCGCGCUGGAGGGCUGCGGCUGUCAGUACACGGAACACGGCUGCUGCCCCGACCAGUACACGCCGGCAGCCGGAGCGGACAGCUUUGGCUGCGGCUGCCACACGUUCCCCUACGGCUGCUGUGAGGACGGCGUAACACCGGCACAGGGACCCAGUCAGGAAGGCUGCAGCUGCAACGACUACGUGUUCGGCUGCUGCGCCGACGGCCGGACGCGGGCCUCAGGAGCCAAUCAGACCGGGUGCGGCUGUGAGACCAGCGAGCACGGCUGCUGUCCGGAUGGUGUCAUUGCCGCCGCCGGACCCGACUUCCAGGACUGCGAGGAGCGCCCCGUCCCACUCGGAGAGAUGUGCAGUCUGCCGAAGCAGCGAGGGCCUUGUCGCAACUUCACCGUGCACUGGUUCUUUGAUAUGGAGUACGGCGGCUGCUCCCGCUUCUGGUACGGCGGCUGCGACGGCAACAUCAACAGCUUCGACACAGAGGAGGACUGCAAGGCGACCUGUGUUCAGCCCCAGGGCAGGAAGGCCUGCGAGCUACCAGUCGUUCGUGGCCCGUGUGAGGGUGACUACCCCUCGUGGGUGUACCGGACCGAGUCAGAACGCUGUGAGCCCCUCUCCUACGGCGGCUGUCUAGGAAACAACAACAGAUUCGAGAGCCUUCAGCAGUGCCAGGAGCGCUGCGUCGAACCGGAUAUUCUCGACCCGUGUCGCCAGGAAGUGAAGCCAGGACCCUGCCGUGGCUCCUUCCCACGAUGGGCAUUCGACGCAGCCAGUGCUACCUGCAUUCAGUUCAGCUAUGGCGGCUGCCAGACGAAUCUGAACAACUUCAUGACUGAACAGGAGUGUCUGCACCGCUGUACCAGACCGGGAGGCAAAGGUGUCUGCUCUCUGCCGCGUGUGGAGGGCUCCUGCGAGGACCUGCUGCCGCGCUGGUACUUCGACUACGGCUCCAGCCGGUGUUCUCCGUUCUACUACACUGGCUGUGAUGGCAACGUCAACAACUUUGUCACGGAGUCCGAGUGCCAGGCCGCCUGUCCCGAGCAACUGUACGCGGCCGAGGCGUGUGCAGACGAACUGGACGUGGGCCCGUGCACCAACUUCACCACCCAGUUCUGGUACAGCACCGCCGAGCGGCAGUGUCAGCCCUUCCAGUACGGCGGCUGCGGCGGCAACCGGAACCGCUUCGGCAGUCUGGCCGAGUGUCAGCAACGCUGCGAGGCGAGCAGCGACCGAGUGGACGCCGUCGCCUUCCAGACAGAAUGGUGUGAGCUUGAGGCCGACGCCGGUACCUGUAACGGAACUGAGGAGCGAUGGUACUACGACACUACUACGGGCCGCUGUGCACAGAUGGUCUACUCCGGAUGCGGCGGCAACGGCAACCUCUUCACCAGCCAGCAGCAGUGCGAGAGACAGUGCGGCGCCACACAGGACGUGUGCUCUCUGCCGCGGGUGGUUGGCCCCUGCUCUGGCUCCCUCGUGCAGUUCUACUACGACUCCCGGCUCCGGCGCUGCCUCGAGUUCGACUACAGCGGUUGCCAGGGCAACGCUAACCGGUUCAACACGCUGGCGGCGUGCGAGGCGCGCUGUGGGGCCGACUCAGAGGUCACCGGGUCACCGCCGACCACCGUCGCCCCGGUCACAGAUGACCCCGGCGACCCCAGUGACGCCGUGUGUCAGCUGCUGCACGACCCGGGCCCAUGUCGAGAGCCGACCCGGGCCUGGUUCUACCGUGCCUCGGAGGGCCGGUGUCGGCAGUUCACAUACGGAGGGUGUGGAGGAAAUGAUAACAAGUUUGUCAGCGAGGAGCAGUGCCGACGCCGCUGCGGCGAUUACAAGGGACAUGACGCGUGCUCGCUGCAGCCGUCGGCAGGAGAGUGCACUAGCAGUCAGAUCCGCUGGCACUACCACCGUCCGUCGGCCACCUGUGUACCGUUCAGCUACACGGGAUGCGGAGGAAACGCCAAUCGCUUUAGCAGCCAGGAGGAGUGCCGCGCCAUCUGUGUGGGAGGCUCGGAGCUGCCGGUACCGGACAGUACCGCCACCGAGAGGCCCGCCGAGCCGGACACGGCUUUGGCCACGUCACCAGCUCCCCCACCGGCUGAGAUGGACCCUGCCGACUGCACCGAGGCCAGGACCCACUGCAGCCAGCUGGCGUGUCCAUUCGGAGUGGAGCGGGUGCUGGACAAGAACCUGUGCGAGCGGUGCUCGUGCUACCUGCCCUGUAGCCUGGUGACCUGCGGCUCGGCGGAACGGUGUGUCAUCACCCAGAGCAGGGACCAGGAUGACGGCCUGGUCAUAAUGGCUGCCUGCAGACCCACGAACAAGACGGGCAGUUGUGCCGAGCCGGAGGAGGCCACAGAGUGCACAGAGCCGCGGCUACGGGGGUGCUCGGACGACGCCGACUGCCGCAACAACCUCAAGUGUUGCAGUGACGGCUGCACGGAGCGCUGUUUGCCGCCCGAGGGUCAGGAGGAGACUACAGUCACCGAGGGAGCCCCAAGAGCCCGAACUCCGUCCACAGACACGCCACCUACCGAGCAGCCGACCUCCCCCGCUGUGACGCCCGCGACCACUUCGGCUCCCAGUGAGGAGGAUAAGACACAGGAGACGACACCAGCAGUGCCAGACCCUCGGGCCCGUAUCGUGGACGCCUCCUCUACCGUAGACGCUGCGGAGGGCUCCCUGGCUGUGCUCCGGUGUGUUGUUGAGGGAGACCCAGAGCCCAUCGUCACCUGGAGCCGCGGAUCAGAGAAGGUGGACACCAAAGGCGACCGGUACCGGCUGGAGGGCCACUCGCUGCAGAUAGUCGGGGUCCGACCCGAGGACAGUGGCGAGUACACCUGUACGGCCGACAACUACCGCGCCGAACCCGACCGACGCACCAUGACACUCAACGUCACAGACCCGGAGCCGGCGCCGGCUCAGGUGGUGCGGCCGGCCGCGGAGGAGCUCCCAGUGGCCGACCUGGGCGGACCGGCGCUGAUCCGGUGUCACGCCUACGGCUGGCCGCCGCCGGUGGUCACCUGGUGGCGCGAGCGCCGCCUCCUGCCGCGCUCCUCUGGCCAGUACCUGCAGCAGCGGCACGGACGGCUGCGCGUGGCCGUGGUGCGGCUCGGUGACCUGGGCGGCUACACGUGCCAGGCGUAUAACGGCCGCGGCCGGCCCGCCAGCUGGACGGCCGUGCUGCGCGCCUACGGACCCGUCGAGGCGCCGCCGCCGGCGCUGUGGCCGUUCCUCAGGUUCAUCGUCAACGUCGCUCCGACGGAGGGCCCGCAGACGGAGAGGGAGCCGGAGGGACAGAGUGGGGAGGGCGCGGACAAGGUGCCGGAGUCGGCCGAGAGCCCGUUUCCGGCCCGCCGGCCCGGUCAGACGCCCUACAGUCCCGAGUACGCCCGGCCGCCGGGAUCAGUAUCCGUACGGGUCAGUAUCCGCCUGCCGGAUCCGACGGUGCCCGUGGGCGGCGAGCUGCGGAUCCCGUGCCGCGCCUCUGGCCGUCCGAAGCCCACAGUCACCUGGUAUAAGGACCGAGAGCCGAUUCGGCCCAGCGAGAGACGCAUCAUCAAGGGCUCUGAGCUGAUUGUGCAUCGCGCGCAGCCGUCUGACGCCGGUACCUACCGCUGUAGGGCUUCCAACGCGUACAGCACUGCCGAGAGCACCGUCACAGUGGCGGUCAAAGGUGUAUACGUCGACCCGAGCUGCACGGAUAACCCGUUCUUCGCCAACUGUCCGCUAAUCGUGGCUGCACGCUACUGCUCCAACCAGUACUACGCCAGGUUCUGCUGCCGCUCGUGUACGCUGGACGGCCAGCUGGAGCCAGGCGGUGAUCACCUCAGGAAUACCGAGUACUUCAAGGGCGGUCAGUCUGGUGCACAGAACAAGGUGCUGGCUCCGGGACCGGUGACGGUUGCGGGCCGACGCCGGCUGCCGCGCCGCCGUCGUCUCAGGAAACUCCGGGUCCGGUUCGGAUCCCGACGGAGGCCGCGUCCUAGGCCCAUUCCGAGACCCAGGACGCAGCCCAUCGAGCCCUAAGGAUGCCCCAAGGUUAUUCGGUUCAAAGGUGAACAUACAGUAAAUGAUGUGGAGACCCAGAUGACUUCAGAAGUCAGACGAGACAUUCGAGCGAGCGCGGAAGGCGAUCGCCAAGUGUUAGCGACCAUGCGACAGCCCAGGGGCGGUCUCGAUCCGCGCUAGCUGCAUUCCUGCGCGUUGAUUGUACAACUAACCCAGUCGGCGGGGCUCAUAUAAUUCUAUCGCCGAUGCUCACCAAACGCGCACUCCGCUCGAAACGGAGUGGGGGUCUUCGCAGUGCUUUAGAACCCGGUGCCCAAAACUGUCGAGUUGCAGUGAUUCGCUCGUCUGAGCUAGCCACUGCCAAUGGUCACCGUCGGGUCAUAUCCGCCUGAAAACGCGUCUAUAAUGCUUUGGAACCAGCAUCUGCCCGGGACGGCGGAUUGAAGAGUGUGCGGACGGGGCGGAUAUCUCCGAUUCUCCCGUCUUCUGAUAACUUAGCGAGUUCGAUCACCAUUAUAUUAGCAACCGGAGUAUGUUGUAAGAAAGUGGUGCUUGUCUUGGGCGAGCAGUCCUCUGAAGACCGUAAUGUUGCAAGAUGCUUUUCGAAGUAUUGCCUCUUGCAUUGAGUACCUAUUGUGCUAACCAAAGUGCCUGAUACAAAAAUGACUAUGCGUCAUCAAUUAUAUUAACAGCAGACGUUUGCAUUGGGUUAAUUUGUACAUACCAUAUGCACAUUGCGACAGAGCAGCAUGAAUCGUCGUUUGCCGUUAUGAUUGACUCAUUCGUGUUGCACUGCAAAGCAAGGCGCUGAUACGGGUAAAAUGCACCCGCUUAUCACUGCCGAAUUCAAUUAUUCGAUGCUGAAAUAAAACAAAAUCGCAGUAUACCACUGAUAUAUAGUUUCAAUGUUACCACGACCAGUCUCGUGUAUCCUAAAAAGUCGUAGGUCAGAAAGAAUCUU